AUGGACGCCCUCGAUUCUCGAUCGGCGCAGGAUUACGUGGCCCCUACAGAUGUUAAAGUUUAUGGGGUACAGGAAGUGUUGUCAGAUACCUGGCGGUCAGAAAGGAGUGAUUGGAAAAGGAAUCAAGCGAGGGUCGAGCAGCAAAUCCCUAGCUGCGAGUCUGCUUCUUUCCGUUUGGCGCUGUUCGAUGCAGUUGCUUUAGCCAAUGAAUUGAUAUCACAAACCUCGGAGCCUGCUGGUUACGGUGCUCCUCCGCCUUCAUAUUGCGACGCGCUCGAUGACCUACCUCCCGAAUACUCCACGCUUCCAGCACUGGCUGAGGCAAAACCAUUCAGCUGCCAGUCCGCACCUCCACCAUAUCCCGAGAAUAUCAAAUGCAGUUCCAAAUCUAGACCCGCUUCUUCGAUCGAUUUUGAAAGUACCAAUACCUUCCGUCAGCAUGGGAAGAAGCAAAGAGCCAAACUGGCCGCCAAAAAAGCCGCGACUGGGCCAUCGGGUGGAGGUGGCGAUGAUCAAAAGAAGGGCGAUGAGACAAUAGAUGCUCCAGUAGGUGGCGGAAGCGCUGGUGGUGAUGAAGGCGGAGGUAAUGGCGGCAACGAUGGCGAUGGCGAUAAGAACGACGAUGGCUGGGGGGAUUGGACCUCUGCUAACAAAAAGAAAACCAAGAAGCAAGAGGAGGAAGAGGAGGAAAGAAAGAAAAAGGAGGAAGCGGAAGCUGCGGCUGCUAGUACAGCCGAAAAUAAUCUUAGCUGGGCAGACGAUGGCGAUGGCGCAAAUGAUGACGAUACAUGGGCUGGCUUUACAUCAGCUGGAAAAAAGGACAAAAAGAAAAAGGCCUCGCCCGCGUUUGGUGAAUCUGCCGGAAACACAUUUCAAGAAAUCAACCUUGAUGAUGCUGCUCCACAAUUAGAUUUAAGUUUUGAACCAGCGAAAGAAACAUCCGGUGCUGGAGGUAUUAGCUUUGGAGGCUGGGGAAAGGAUUGGACAACAGGCAGCAAAUGGGGAUUUGGCUCACUCGACAAUAACGCUUCCGCCACAAAGGAGCAAACUAACAAGGAUGAAAAUCCUUGGGAUUUAGCCAAUCCCAAGAAGACUAAAAAGACAUACGGUUUCGACUUUGGAGACUUGGGUACGUCUCGUACGAGCGACGUUGGUAAUGCAAAGGAGGAAAAGAAUGAAGAUGAUGCCUGGGGUACUUUCACUGCUGCAGGGAAGAACAAGAAGAAAAAGAAUGGCUUUCAUGAAGAAUCUAUACCGGAGCCUGUCGCUGAUGAUUGGGGUCCUUGGGGCAAGAAGAGUUCCAAAAAAGAGGAACCAGCUCGUGAAACUGCGACAGAACCCGUUGAGGAUGUAUGGGCAGCCUGGGCGAACAAAGACAAGAAGAAAAAUACCAAAGCGACUAAUGAUUCCGAUACUACGAAAGGUGCAAAACCUGCAGAGACUGAUGAUAUUUGGGCCGCAUUUACCAAGAAAGACAACAAGAAAGACAUCAUGGAACUAGAUCCGGUUACAGCUCCUGAACCUGAGCAGGUUAUCGACAACAUCUGGGCGGUACCGACAUCAAAGAAAGAUAAGAAGAAAGCAGGAAAGAAAGAGACAGAAUCCACACUGGCGAAAAGCGAUGAUAUGUCGUCUGCUUUCGAUACUAGCACCAAAAAGGAUACCGACCAAGCUGCAGAGGUUGAGGAGCAGACAGGAUGGGGCUGGAGCGCUGCUAUCAAGAAGAAAGACAAAUCUAAAGGUGUUGCAGAAGACCUUACAUCGUCAUUGCAAACUCCUGCUGCAGCUGUACAAUCUGAUAAUGAUUGGUUCGGCGGCUGGGGAAUUGGUAGUAAAAAGAAGAAAUCCCUUGACCCAGAAAAUGAGAUUAUGGACGACACUGAACCUGCAGCUGAGCCGGAGAAACCCAAAAACCAUGAAUUUUGGGACGACUGGGACACCUGGAGCCCUCUGCAGCGCAAAAGGAAGGAAAAGGAGGCAGUGAAAAAGGGCAUUCCGCCUCGUAUAGAAAUACCCGAUCCUGACCCAGAACCUGUCGACCCGGAACCUCUGCCUGCUCCGCUCAAAAAUCAUGAUUUUUGGAAUGGCUGGGAGAGUUGGUCGCCUCUGCAGCGCAGGAAGAAAGAGAGGGAAGCUGCGAAAACAGGAAUACCUCCAUUAAUUGAAAAUAUUCCAAUUGAGCCCGAGCCCGAGCCCGAGCCCGAGCCCGCGCCCGCGCCUGCACCACCUAAGAACCAUGAAUUUUGGGAUGGGUGGGAAAGUUGGUCAGCUUCACAACGUAAGAAGAAAGAAAAGGAAGCAGUUAAGAAGGGGAUACCUCCAUUGAUUGAAAAUAUUGCUCCCGAUCCCGAGCCAGAGCAAAAGCCUGAGCCUGAGCCUGAGCCAGAACCAGAACCAGAACCAGAGCCUACAGCAGAAGCGCCCAAAAACCAUGAAUUUUGGGAUGGCUGGGAAAGCUGGUCAUCUUCACAGCGCAAGAAGAAAGAAAAGGAAGCGGUCAAAAAGGGAAUUCCUCCAUUAAUUGAAGAAGUCCCCCCUAAGCCCGAAAUAGCUGAACCCGAACUUGAGCCCGAGCCUGAGCCUGAGUCUAAACCAGAGCCACCCAAAAAUCAUGAAUUUUGGAAUGGAUGGGAGAGUUGGUCACCUUUACAGCGCAAGAAGAAAGAGAAAGAAGCUGUUAAAAAAGGGAUCCCUCCCCUAAUCGAAGAAACAACCCCUGAACCUGAGAUUCUGCAAGAAAUCGAAACCGAAAUCAAAAAGGAGAAGGAAGCCAUAAAGAAGGGAAUUCCACCACGACAGGAGAUUGUUGAACCUGACCCGGAGCCGGAGCCGGAGCCGGAGCCGGAACCUGAGCUUGCACUCGAACCUGGACCUGAACCUGAGCCUGAAGCAAGGAAUCAUGCGUUCUGGAAUGGGUGGCAGGAUUGGAGCGGUAAAGAGCGCAAGAGGAAAGAUAAAGAGGCAAAGGCCAACGGUAUUUCGCCGUUGCGAGAGGAUUUAGAGCCUGCACUCGAUCCUGAACCUGAACCGGAGCCGGAACCGCAACCCGGACCUGAGGCUGAGUCUGAGCUUGCACCAGAACCCGAACCUGAGCCGCUCAGGAAUCAUGAAUUCUGGAAUGGGUGGCAGGAUUGGAGUGGCAAAGAGCGCAAGAGAAAGGAUAAAGAGGCAAAGGCCAAAGGUAUUCCGCCGUUGCGAGAGGAUUUAGAGCCUGCACUUGAAGCUGUUCCAGAGCCGGAACUGAAGCCAGAGCCAGAGCUCGAAUUAGAACCAGAUGUACCUCCUGCGCCAGAGCCACCAAAGAACCAUGAAUUCUGGGAUGGUUGGGAGAAAUGGAGUUCUAAGGAGCGGAAGAAAAAGGAAAAAGAAGCUAAUACAAGAGGCAUUCCACCACGUCAAGAUUUUCCUCCCAUCGAAUUUCCCCCUGAGGCUCCAGAAGUCCCCACCAUCGAGCCAAUAGCUGUUGUGGAGGAGCCUAAGGAUGAUUUUUGGGCCAAUUGGGAUACAUGGACUUCUACUGAGCGCAAGAAAAAAGAAAAAGAAGCGAAAAAGAAGGGAAUUCCAUUGCGCAGCGAAGUUCCGACCAUGGACCCGUUGUUAGAAGCGCCACCCCCUCCAGCGCCUACACCUCCAGCCCAGGGUCUGACGCCAGAACCGCAGCUAGAUGAUUUCUUGGAUGAUGCAUGGGGAGGCUUCGCUACAAAAUCUUCGAAGACUAAGAAAGGAACGCUUUCCAAGGCAAUUAAGAAAGACGAUCUUCUUGAGCCGCCUCAAGAAAAACCAGCAUUAGUGGAAGAAACCCCAGCAAAAUCAGUAAGAGGAUUCUGGGCUUCCUUUGGCACUACCAAGACCAAGCCAAAAGAGGAAAAGCCUAUAGAAACGACACCAUUGCCCGAUGAUUUACUUAUUGACGUUGGCGAAGCGCCAGCCGCGCCGCUAGUGGACGAGAUAGCCGCGCCCCCGCCCAAGACCACGUCGAAGACAGCAAGGCCGCCGGGGAGACUCUCAGUUGCUGAGCGUAUCGAGGCUCUUGAGAGACAGAAACGAGAAAAAAAGGCGGCAGCAGCAAAAGAAGCAGAAAAGAAAGCUACCAACGACCUGCUUGUUGACGACCCUCCACCUCCGCCGCCAGCAGCGCCCGAGCCACCUCUGGACCCGUCACCCAAAAAGGGAAGUGCCAAACAGAAGCUCACCAAGUCAUCAUCGGGCAAGAAAGAAGAGACCCCUGAAACAAUCAUCCCAGAACCCAAAGAGGAGAAAUUUUCGCGAGAGUCGAUACCCGGUAGCUUUCCUGAGCCAGAGCCCGAGCCCGAACCAGAGCUAGAGCCAGAACUAGAGCCAGAACCAGAGCCAGAACCAGAGCCGGAACCAGAACCGGAGCCAGAGCCAGAGCCUCCUGCUCCUCCCCCGCCUGAGCCUGCCUACACAUCCAAAAAGAGUAAAAAGUCCUCUACUCUUAAAAAAUCCUCCGCAACAUCAAAGACCCCCAAGCGCGAUUCGUUGCCCAAGCAAAUGGAAGAACCUGUGGUACAAUCUGAUGUACAGGAACCUGUCGCCGAAGAGCCUAUCUCAGAAAACACAGCUCCUAGUGCCCCGACACCACCUCCUGAACCUUCUACGAAAUCGUCGAGAAAAGAACGUGCGAAGGUUGAGCGCACAGCAGGAGCAUCAUCUUGGGGUUUCUGGGGUGUCGCGCCUCCGCCCAAGAAAUCAGCGAAGAAAGAAAAUAAACCCAAAGAAGACCAGCCGGUCCCUGUGAAAGAACGUUCGGGAAUUUCGAGAUCCAAAUCAGAUGCAAAGGCACGUCGCAGAGUACGGGACUCGGAUAAUGAAGUUGACGCGGAGAGGUCUUCGACAGACAAAGAUAAACGCUCCGAUGCUAAACGUCAGAGUCGAGGAAUGGGGUUCUCUAACUUUAUUCUUGGAGGACCACCACCUUCUCGAAGCAAAUCGGUUAAAAAAUCGGGCGUACAGUCACGUCCAACGUCUCGGCGCCCGUCAAUUGAUGUAGGCGAUACUAGCCUACCUUCUCCACCUCCGGAAGACAAGCCUGAAAUUUCCAGCAAGGCAGCUGAAUUGAUGGGUAUAAAGGCCUCCUCGUCAAAAAGAGACAGUGCCGGCAAAAAGAAGAGACGUGUAGUUCGUGACCCUUACUCAGUUGAUAUUGAUGAAGACAUUGUCAUGGUGAAUCGAGAAGAGGAAGGCGAAGUUUUCGAGAAACCCAGGCGGGCCAAAUCGAGGUCCAAGAGAAUGUCUGAGACCAGACAGACUGAGGAAGAGCCUGUUCUUGUUGAAGCAGAACAAAGCCCUCCAAGUGCAGAAGUGGUCUCUGGCCCAGAUGAUCUCGCAUUUGUGGAAGCUCCUCCCAAAGAACGACGAUAUCGAAAGCCAGCUCCUCCGGCAGCGAAAAAAGCCGAACCUGGAGGUUUGAUGGGGCUAUUCGGUUCUUUGAGAAAGCCAACUCAACCAGAACCGCAACGCAGAAAAUCACGAUCUCGUCGGGAUGAGAUGACCGAGACUGAGAAAGACGAAAGGCGCGUCAAACGUGAAAGGCGCCGCUCUGUUAGACCAGAGACCGAUGUUGAAGGGCUUACCACUAAUGCUGGACCGGUUCAUAAUAUAGACGACAUUGAAGCCAUUAAGGCGGAACGCAGGCGACGUGAAGCUGAGCAGAGAGCACGUGAGUUGGAACUCCAGGAGGCAGAAGAGCGGCGUGCCCGAAGAGAAAAACAACGUGAACAUCGUGAGAAGCGGCUUCGAGAGGAAAUGGAACUAGAAGCACAACGGCGAGAAGAGAAGAGAGCACGUCGUGCAGCUCGCGAAGAACGUCGUGCCAAAGAAGAACAGGAGGCGAGAGAAGCUCAAAUGCGUGCAGAAGCGAAAACAGCUGAACGACGAGAACGGAGGCGAACACGAGACGCUGUGGAGAUGAAUGGAAAUCUGUCAAGACAUACCUCCAGAGCUGAAAGGCGUCGCUCAGAGCGACGAUCGGAGGAUGACUAUGCAAGGUAUAAUCGUCCUGGCGAUGAGCGCCCACGAGCUAGCCGCCGCAAGUCAACCGCCCCAGACCCAGCCGAAGCCCCACGUGGAUACGGAAUGCCUGGAAAAGAAAAGACGUCUUCCUGGGUUAACUCACAAAUCAUUGACCCUCCGGAGGCUCCUCCAAUUGUGCCAACGGUUCUUGAUAUGCCUCCUAGCAAUGAGAAUGGGCCAUCUCACUCCCUCUCAUCUGAUGAGGAGACAAGGCGAAGGAUACGUCGCCAAGCCCGUCGUCGUUCAAGAUAUCCUGAUAUGGCUGAUGAAGAAAUCGAAGAAAUGCGUACCAGACGUCGCGAGGCUCGCCGAACUCGUGAUGGGGUAAAGAGCAGUUCUGGUAGCGGUGAUUAUGAACGGGAUAAUGGCAGUAGGCGACGUGAGGCUUACUAUGAACCAACAUCCCGUGCACCCAGCUCCAAGAGGCCAAGUUGGUUUAAGAAAUUGACGAAUCUCUGA